CCAAGGCGGGCGCGACUCCGCACCCCCCAAGCACAACGCGACUCGCCUCGCCUCUUCCCCUUUCCGCGGGACCCUUCAUUGGAAAUCGAUGGAACGGUGAAAAAACAUUGCAGGUGCGGCACGUAUGAAAUACGAGAUGCACAUGUUGAACGAAUUGAUUUAAACAAUCGUGUCUAAAUGGCAUUACGAUUUUCGAAAGGAAAGGCAUCUGAUGUAUAAAAUAAAUAAAUAUAUAACCUAUGGGGAAAGAAAAAAAAAGAGAAUUGAUAGGCAGCAAGGCAAGGCAGCAAUCUGAAGAGAGUGCGAGAGAGAUAGAAGGACAGGGAGCUUUGAAUAGCAGCCAUAAGCAGCGACAAUAGGAGGCUGACACACCACAUUAUACACCGCCACGGCCAGAGGCAAGAGGACCGCAUCAAGCAAAUUGUUCAAUAGAGAUUUUUCAAACGGGACUGGGGGGGGGGGCGUGGGGAGAGCUAGAAGGGAGAUAGGAGGACAGGUUGGUGUUGGGGUGGAGCACGGAGGAGCGGAGCGGCAUGGGGAGGAAGCUGGACCUGUCGGGGCUGACGGAGGACGAGGCGCGACUCGUCCUGCGCGUCGUGGAGAGGGACGGGAGAGUCCGCCAGCGCGAGACCGAGCGGCUCAACGACCUGAAGCAGCGUCUCGUGGAGGAGGAGAGCAAGCGAGUCAUCCUGUCGCGCCAAGACAACUUCAACGAGCGCCACUGCAUCCGCUGCUGCGUCGCCUUCCACUUGCUGCUCAACGCCGCCCACCGCUGCCUCGACUGCUGCUACAACGUGUGCAGCCGCUGCGCACUGCGCAGCGAGAGCGAGCGCGGUUGGAGGUGCCGCGUCUGCAUCGACACGUGGCGUCUGCGGGUGCUCUCCCUCGACUGGUUCUACGAGGGCGUCAAGGCGCGCUUCAAGCAUGUGGGCAGCUCCAAGGUGGCCCGCCGGCUCCAGGAGAGACUCUGCGGGGGCAGAGGAGACGGCACCACCUCCUCUCUGGCGAAUAACAAUGACGCCUGGUACUCGGUGGAGAGCGCUGGGCUGAGCGGAGGAACGCCGCAGCAUCUCGGGUUUUGUGACGGGCCGCUGGGCGAGGCGCAGGCCGUGGUGUGGCGCGUGGCCUACGAGGCGGUGCUGGAGGCGAUCGGGAGGACCGAGCUGCACGAGCGCAGAAUGGACUCAAAGUCCGGGCUGAGCGACCUGCAGGGGAACACGGAGCAGCUUGUGCAGGAGCUCGCGAGCAGCCUCGCUCACAAGGUGCUCGCUUGGAGCCAACGCGGCCGUCGCUAACCACGCCGCACCGGCGACCGGUGGGGGGAGGGGGGGGCACUCUGGCAGCC